GAAGGUUUUGGUUCUCUGCAUCGAGAGCUCGAAAUGGGGGAAGCCAUGGAGGCCGAGACGCCCGCCACUGAAGAGAUCCAAGCGCCAGCGGAGACCAAGGAGGCCUCGGAAAAGAGGAAGAGAGAGGAGGAGAAUCCUUGGAGGAAGACGAGCCUCUGCUCCUACUUCCGGCGUGCUGCGGGCUCAUGUAGCCAUGGUGACGCUUGCCGGUAUGCCCACGGCGAGGAAGAGCUUCGGCCUCGCCCUGAUAACUCAUGGGAUCCCACUUCCGAACGUGCUAAGAAGCUCCUCAAAACGGAGGCGGCGGAGGACGAGGAGGAGGAGGAUAAGGAUGUCGAUUUUGCUACGAUGGAGAAAUGCCUUGUUGGACUCCCGAGGAAAUGGACUUCUGAUAGUUUGAAGAGUUUCCUUGAUGGCAAUGGGAUUGUUUGUGUAUCAUCAAAGAAAAAGAAGGGAAUGACUGUAGGUUUUGUAAGGUUUGCUGAUCCGGAACAGAUCAGAACUGCAGUUGAGAUUUUGAAAGAAAAGACAAGUGGGGGAAAGCAAAUAAAAGUUGCAGAUGCCAUUCGGCGAUGCCAAGGGAAGAAACCUGGGAAGGAAUAUCCUCUUGGUCAGAUAGAUGAACAGCUUUGUCAAACUCAAUCAAUUAUUGAUGAUUCAACUAGUUCUAUGCCAAGUUCGGUUGUGGAUGAUGAUGCUGGUGAGAAUGAUGAUGGUUCUGCUCAUAACAAUAGUUUGCCUGCUGAAGGAUUGAUUUCAAAAGCAAGAAGUGUUCGUGAUGUGGUGACUCCCCUUGCUUAUAUGCCCUAUAAUGAACAACUGGAGCACAAGAAGAAUUCUCUUCUUCAAACUCUCAAACGACUUACCCGCAAUGCACGUAAGGCUUGCCCAGAUUCUAUCUCUCUCCCUGAGUGGAUUCUUAAAUCCAGAGACAUUGGUGGUCUUCCAUGUAAGCUAGAAGGCAUCAUAGAGUCGCCGUUGAUAAAUGGGUAUCGGAAUAAGUGCGAGUUUUCGGUGGGCUAUUCCUCACAGGGAAAAUGUACAGUUGGAUUUAUGCUUGGAAAUUUCAGGGAGGGUAUAACAGCAGUAGAGGAGCCUAUCAACUGCCCAAACGUAUCUGAAAUUUCUUGCAAAUUUGCUUUGAUCUUUCAAGAGUUUCUCGAGUCCUCUGUGUUACCUGUAUGGAACAGAAUUGAGAAUCAUGGGUUUUGGCGCCAAUUUACGGUCAGGGAAGGAAGAAGUCCAAGUCAAGUGGCAGUGGCUGACAAUCUUGAUAACCAGAUUGCAGAGGUUAUGCUUAUUAUUCAGGUUUGCUCAUCUGAUGUUGAUGAAAAGAUUAUGCAAAGUGAAUUCAAGAGGAUGGUUCAGGUUCUUGUCCGAGGAGCAGCUACAUCUUCUCCCACUUUACCUCUCACAACGGUAGUAGUGCAGGAUCAUAAAGGAAUAUCAAAUGUUGCACCUGCUGAUUGCCCGAUGUUUGUGCUACCACUUGCAGAGGUGGAAGAACAUUCUUGCUUAGAAAAGGUGCCUGCCACUGAAGCAAGAAUUAAUGAUUAUAUAAAUAAUCUUCAAUUCUGCUUAUCUCCAACAGCAUUUUUCCAAGUAAAUACUCUUGCUGCAGAGAAGCUGUAUUCCCUUGCCGGUGAUUGGGCCGAUCUUAAUUCAGACACCCUACUAUUUGACAUAUGUUGUGGGACUGGGACAAUUGGUCUUACUUUAGCACAUCGUGUUGGUAUGGUUGUGGGCAUUGAAAUGAACAGUUCAGCUGUUUCAGAUGCAAAUAGAAAUGCUGAGAUUAAUGGCAUAACCAAUUGUAGGUUUGUAUGUGGAAAGGCAGAGGACGUCAUUGGCUCAUUACUUAAGGAGUAUCUUGAUGAGUUGCAGCCACAUGGCACAAGCUCUGACUUGUCAACAACCAAUGGGAUGGUUGGUGGGAAGGGUGAUGGUAACACAGAAGAAAAUGACACUACUACAACGGUCACAGACAUAACCACUUCUGACACUGGCCCGGAAAAUGACUGCCCAAAAGACAAGGAUAGUGAACAGAUACAACUCCUGGUGCCUGAGCAGCAGUUUGAUGAAAAAUCCAAUGUACAAGAAAUCUCCAAGGGCAAUUCUAACGAUAACAAUGUCAGUGGUUUUUUAGAAAGUUCUUUAGAUUCAUCUGGAUUUGAGGAGAAGGCUCAAGAGAAGGUUGAUUUUGAUAAACAGAAAGUAACUGAUAGUGCUUUGAGACCACAAUUCAAGAAUAUUGUCGCAAUUGUUGAUCCGCCACGUGUUGGAUUACACCCUAUUGUGAUGAAAACUAUAAGGACACACCAUUGUUUGAGGCGUCUCGUUUACAUCUCUUGCAACCCAGAAAGUCUAGUGGCAAAUGCAAUUGAGCUCUGCACACCUACUGCUGACAAACCUGAGAAAUCAAAAGGCAAUAAGAGAUGGCGAAGCAUGAGCAAUGCUGGUCUAGCAAGACAAAGGGCUAAAUCUAUGCCAAACUCUGAGCCCUUCCAGCCGGUCAGGGCAGUUGCAGUUGAUCUGUUUCCACACACACAACACUGUGAGAUGGUCAUGCUCCUGGAGAGAUGAAAAACUAUUCAAUCUCAGACAGUGUGCUUAUGUUUUCAAAGCACAUAUUAUUGAUUUCUCCAAGAAUAAUGCUAGAUUUCUGAUCAGAAGCAGUGACUAUUGGAACUCUCAUUUCUAAACAUCAAUGAAUGAAAGAAUGAAUGGCAUUUACACAAA